UUUCAUAAUGAGGACAAUCACCCUGGCAGUGGUUUUGAUAGUAAUCAUUUUGUUAGAGCAUUCUGUGGUAGAAGGUUGGUGGGGAAGUAGUCGAGAGAAUAAAUCGAGUAGUCGAGAAAAUAAAGGUCAAGAUGGUGGUUCGAAAAGUGUAGGUGAACGGAUCAGUUCAGCAGUACGCUCCGGAGUAAAUCGCGCCAAAGAGGCAUUCCAGAAGGCCAAAGAGAAGGUGCAAUCUGGGAUUGACUUCGCAAAACAGGCUGCUCAAGGAGCCGGAGACAUGAACAGGGCGUACAGUGACAUGAAAGAAGCUAACUGGAAGAAUUCAGACAAGUAUUUCCAUGCACGUGGUAACUAUGACGCCGCCAAAAGAGGACCUGGGGGUGCAUGGGCAGCAAAGAUCAUCAGUGAUGCCAGGGAAAACUAUCAAAGCGGUUUGAGUGGCCAAGGAGCAGAAGACACGGCUAAAGACCAAGAAGCCAACGAAUGGGGUCGGAAAGGUGGAGACCCAAACAAAUAUCGACCCAAAGGACUACCAGACAAAUAUAGAUAAAAAU